AGUACGGAGAGAGACAGACCGAAGGGGCCGGGCCCACAGCCGAGAAAUGGCGAGUAUGGUUAACAAGAACGGGUGCGAGGAGGAAACGCAGAGCCCUCAGCCUCAGGGACCGGGUCGGGGCGCAGCCCGGUGGGGUCCGCAGCACGCCGGUGCCCGUGAACUGGCCAAUUUGUACUCGCCAGGCAAAAGAUGUCAAGAAUGGAUCAGCGUUAUCCUCUGCUUCUCUCUCAUGGCCUUCAAUUUCAUUCACCUCCUUGCCAAUUUCCAUUUGGGACAUGCAUGGUCCAUCCUGCUGGGCAUUGUGGCAGGAAUAGUCACUGCGGAUUUUGCAUCAGGGCUCGUUCACUGGGGAGCGGACACGUGGGGAUCCGUGGAUCUACCCAUCUUCGGAAAGGCCUUUAUACGUCCGUUCAGAGAGCACCACAUCGACCCCACAGCUAUCACUCGUCAUGAUUUCAUCGAGACCAACGGUGAUAACUGCAUGCUGACCAUCAUUCCUCUCGCCAACAUGGCCUUCAACUUCCUCACCCUCUCCCCUGCGGAGAUUUACCAUAUCUACCCCUUGUACUGCUACCUGUUUGCACUGGGCAUCUUCGUGACGCUCACCAACCAGAUUCACAAGUGGUCGCACACGUACUUCGGCCUGCCCCGCUGGGUCGUGUUCCUGCAGGACUGCCACAUCAUCCUCCCUCGCAAGCACCACCGCAUCCAUCACGUCUCCCCUCAUGAGACGUACUUCUGCAUCACUACAGGUUGGCUGAACUACCCUCUGGAGAAGCUGGGUUUCUGGAGGAACCUGGAGGACAUCAUCCAGGGAGUGACGGGCGAGAAGCCCCGAGCGGACGACCUGAAAUGGGCUCACAAAGUGAAGUAACAGCGCAGACUAACUGCACCCUACCUCAGAAGACGCUGGCUCCGUCCAGGCUUCUCCUCCCCCUUUUUUGCCUCACUUAAACUGUAAUCCAUAGGGAGAAAAACUAACAUCUUCUGAUGCCAUAGCUUUAAGUCUUGCACAUUUUUUCUUUUUGUUUUUUUUUAAAUGGAGGGCUUUGUUGAUGGAGGUUUUUCUCAUCAUUCACUCACGGAGAUGAUCCUUUCAAAUUGCAAUAUAUCCGUAAGUCUUUGUAUAUCUCACAUCGCUCAUCACUUUUUUAAGGCUUUUGUCGAGACGGCGUGGUCGCGUACAACUGAAAUCGCUUUUCGAGGAGAAUAAAUAACUCGUCCAGCGUCAGAAAAUUCAAACACAAGAAAGAAAACUUGAAAGAAUGAACACUUUCUCCUUCUUCUUUUUUUUCCCCCGUCUUCGGAAGCCACAGCUGUUGUUUAUUUGGACACUCGAUAAAUCACAUUAUAUUUAGCACCGCUUUCAUUUCUGCGGAUCAGUCUUUGCAUCUUUACUUUACCAGGGGUCUACUUGAUGUGCAAGAGAUAAAAUUGGAUCUAGGCCAUGGUAAGUACUGCGCCGAGGGUGACUUUGGAUUUUUUUUUUGAUCGCCAGAGAACAAAACUGAUUACUGUUACAUUUCUUGCACAUUUGAGUUCAGCUCAGUACACUUUUUGAUGAUAUCUUUGCAAAGAGGUGAUAUAGGACGUGUUAAAUAUUUUCCUCAUUCAAUACUAACAAAGUACAAUUGCUGAUGAUAAAAUGUAGCCAUAUUUCAUUGUUUUCUAUGUGGUUUGUCACUUGGAGACGAUGACUCCAGUUACAGAGGAAGAGCUAAAGCUUCCACCGGGAUGCUAAAAAAGGAAACAAACCAAAGUGCUCUUGUUGAUGUCAGAUCCACAGGGCCCUGUGUAAGGGCCAUGUCAGGGAAAAUAUAAACAGGAAGAAUAUUCUCUCUCUCUUUUUUUUUUUUUUUUU